CAAAAGCAGACAGGGUUGGGCGUGCCUGGGUCUGGGUAUUGACGUAAGGGAGCUUGAAGGUAUCCUGGGCAGCGUUCCUAGCGGGGAAGAACUACAACCCCCAGCAGUCAUUGCGCUGCCAGGCUGUCCUCUUCGUCCGCCCCCCCCCAUCUCCCCCCAUCUUAGUGCCUGAGCGGCUUGGCCAGAGCUGCUGCUACUGCAGCAAGAGGUAGGGCUGAGGCGUUGAGAAUUUCAUGGACAGGCGGUCGCACAGAAAGACACACAGAGGUGAUACUAGUUAAAAGCAUCUACUGGCAGAGUAGGAGAAGAUGGCCACUCUGAACCAUGCCAGCUCUAACACAGACUCACCAGCAGCCCUGGAGAAGGCGAAGACCUCCGGUGGUCUGCCGAGCCCCCAGAUAGCCAGUGAGCCGCAUGACUUCGGAGGUCCCCUGCUUCUGCCAUCAGGAAAGGAGGUUGACUCGGAGGAUGAAGGCGUCGCUCCAGCUGGGGGUGCCUCAGGUUGUAGCAGCAGGGCUUCUCGGACCCAGACGCCCUGUUCGGUGGAGGCGGUGCUGGCCCGAAAGAAGCACCGCAGGCGGCCGUCGAAGCGCAAGCGGCAUUGGCGGCCUUACCUGGAGCUGAGCUGGGCCGAGAAGCAGCAGCGAGAUGAGAGGCAGAGCCAGAGGGCCUCCCGGGUCCGCGAGGAGAUGUUCGCCAAAGGCCAGCCCCUGGCUCCCUACAACACCACCCAGUUCCUCAUGAACGACCGAGACCUGGAGGAGCCUGACUUGGACGUGCUCCACGGGCCAUCGCACCCAGGCUCCAGCGGGGAGAACGAGGCAGGGGACAGCGAUGGGCAGGGCCGAGCUCACGGGGAGUUUCAGCAGCGGGACUUCUCGGAGGCCUAUGAGCGGUACCACACCGAGAGCCUGCAGGGCCGCAGCAAGCAGGAGCUGGUGCGAGACUACCUGGAUCUAGAGAAGCGGCUGUCGCAGGCCGAGCAAGAAACUCGGAGGCUCCAGCAGCUGCAGGGGCGCCCCGGCAGGCAACCCUGUCAACAGGUGGAAGAGCUGGCUGCCGAGGUGGAGAGGCUCCGGACUGAAAACCAGAGGCUUCGGCAGGAGAACGAGAUGUGGAACCGAGACAGCAGCUGCUGUGACCGGGAGAAGCCAGCCACAGAAGGGACCCCCAGGCCCAAGGAUGAGGCCCCAUUUCAUACCCAGGCAGGCCAGCUGGGUCACAGGGAGGCAGGUGACAGAUGAAAGCUACUGCCUGCACCCCUCCCUCCACUGAGAACUGCUAAGACAGGUCAGAGUUUCCUCUUGUCAUCUCUCCAUGAUUGGGUCUUUGAUGUCAUCUUACCUUUUACAGAGGAAUUAAAUGACCUUGUGAGAACCAAUGGGGGUGGCUAGAAUUGAUUUCACGAGGGCUGUUCUUGAGACUCAAAAUUCCUUUGUAUUUAAAAAAACAACAACUUAUUUUUAUGUG